AUGCUUCUGGUUGGUCGGAUUUACGGCGUUGCUGCCCUUGCAGCGUUGGCUGUGGCUGCUCCCACGCGCCUGGCUUCGAGAGCUGUGUCGACCGAUGUGCUCAGUCAGUUGAGCUUGUUCGCCGAGUACUCGGCGGCCUCAUAUUGCUCGAACAACAUCAAUUCGACUGGUGAUGCUCUCACCUGUGAUGACGGCAACUGUGACGCUGUGCAGUCUGCUGAUACAACAACUCUGUGGGAGUUUGACCGGGUUUGCUCAUAUGGAAAUGUAGCGGGAUUUUUCGCUGUCGACAAGACCAAUGAGCUCCUCGUCCUUUCAUUCCGCGGCAGUCGUGUUGUCAGUACCUGGAUUGCUAAUAUCAACACUGCCUUGGCCGAUGUCACAUCCCUAUGCAGUGGUUGCAAGGCCCAUGCUGGAUUCUGGGAAUCUUGGGAGACCGUCGCAAGUGAUGUGACGUCCCAGAUCAAGUCCGCACAAUCCAAAUACCCCGGAUACAAAGUUGUUGUGACAGGACACAGCUUCGGUGGAGCUGUUGCCGCAUUAGCAGGCACUGCACUCAGAAACGGGGGCACCACUCUCAGCCUUUAUACCUAUGGCCAGCCACGACUUGGCAACAAGGAAUUGGCGACAUAUACCACCAACCAGGGCAGUCUUUGGCGAGUCACGCAUACAAAUGAUAUUGUCCCUAGGCUGCCACCUACCAGCUUUGGAUAUAGCCAUCCCAGCCCCGAAUACUGGGUUACCUCUGGAAAUACUGACACUAUCACCACAUCUGAUGUUAAGAUUGUUGAAGGGAUCGAUUCUAAAUCAGGAAAUAGAGGAGAAUUGAUCCCGGGGGUUUCGGCGCACCUCUGGUACUUUGGAAACAUUGGUCAAUGCGAGUAA